GCUAUUUUGAUUUUAAAUCCAAACUUUUCGUGUCAUCGGCGAUAGCGGACGGUUCAAAUUUUCUUCCGUGGACUUUUUCCUAGGUGAUCGAAAAUGAAGAUCACUUUCCUACAUCCCGAUCUGGGAAUCGGCGGUGCCGAGAGGCUCGUCGUGGACGCAGCCUUGGCUCUGAAGUCCAAAAACCACCAAGUCCGCAUCGUCACCAACCACCACGACCCCAAACACUCCUUCUCAGAAACGACGGACGGAUCGUUUGAAGUGGACGUCGUGGGGGACAAAAUCCCGCGAAGCAUCCUCGGGAGAUGUUUCGCCCUCUGCGCCUACAUUAGAAUGAUGUACGCCGCUUAUGUGGUGAGCACCAGCGGCCAGAGACCGGACCUCGUGUUUUGUGACCAAGUGUCCGCCUGCAUUCCCAUUCUGAAGUGGAAAGGGAUGAAAGUGGUCUUCUACUGUCAUUUCCCCGAUCAGCUGUUGACCGAGAGAAAGAGCUGGUUGAAGAAGCUGUACAGGUGGCCGCUGGACUGGUUCGAGGAGAAGUCCACGGGCAUGGCCGACGUUAUUUUGGUCAACAGCAACUUUACAGCGGAGACCUUCCGGGAUACGUUCCCCAGCCUGCGGCAGAGGAGGCUGGAAGUCCUGUACCCGUGCAUCAACGUGGAACAACUCCUGCGCCCCCUGGGGGAGGAGAAGCUGGACCUGAAGACCUCGGCCACCACGAUAUUCCUCUCCCUCAAUCGAUUCGAGAGGAAGAAGGACAUCGGCCUCGCCAUCAGGGCCAUGGAGUGCCUGAAGAAGAGAGCCGCGGCCCCCGCGGCGCACCUGAUCGUGGCCGGGGGCCACGACGAGCGGGUGGCGGAGAACCGGGAGCACCUGGGCGAGUUGGCCCGCCUGGCCCGGCUCCUGGGCUUGGAGGACGCCGUCACCUUCGUCCCGUCCCCCUCGGACGACCUGAAGCGGUCGCUGCUCCACGCCUGCACCGCGGUGCUCUACACGCCGUCCCGCGAGCACUUCGGCAUCGUGCCGCUGGAGGCCAUGUGCCUGGGCCGUCCCGUAGUGGCGUGCGCCAGCGGCGGGCCGCUGGAGACGGUGCUGGACGGGAGGACGGGGUUCCUGUGUGCCGCCGCCCCGGAGGCCUUCGCGGAGAGGAUGCUGGCCCUGGCCCGGGACAAGAGCCUCGCCCGGGAGAUGGGGGCGGCCGGGGCGGAGCACGUGCGGAGGAAGUUCUCGUUCGGGGCGUUCGCCGGGCGGCUGCAGGAGGUCGUGGAGAGGAUGGCGUGAUCCGGUGAUUUUUUGGCUCGAUUCUCCGUUUUCGCGGAGGUGAUUUACGAAGUGAUCGGAAUUCGGCGACUAGAAUUUACAGAGACCUCCCUACUAGAAAACGACAGCUAUCGCAGAAACGAAACCUUUUGUGAGUGACGAAAAUUGCAUAUGUCCGAUCCUUUUUGAAAACUCGAAUAAUCCAGACUUAACUGUCCCUUGGAAAUACCAACGCCUCCUAAAUACUAAAUGCCCAUCAAGUUCUAGCUUUUAACAUUGAGCGAAAUGUGUCCAGUAAGCAAUUUCGGUACCUUCGCUACUGCCAUCAAUGGAAGAUAUGAGAAAUUAAUAGCUGAAUAUUUAACGAUUUAAAUCUGCGUUCGUCAACAGUUUUUUACCCGCAAUUCGGAAAAAUAUACGCAGAUCGGUAAGAUUUUGAUUUAUAAAAUAAAUAAAGAAAGAAAGAGUAAUUAAGAAAGAAGUAAUUUAUUUACUAGUAAUGCUUUAAAUGUAAAGAACAAUUACUGCAAUUAUUAUGCGUAAUUAAGUAAACCUUAAUUUUCUUU